AUGAUUGGCAAGUUGGUCAGGGUGUCGCUACUAGUGGGUGCAAUUGUCGCCAUAACUCCAAAUAAUCCACUACGAACACUGAUAGCAUUUGCAAUUAUUGGAUAUUUGAUUACGUACCUGAUUAUACCAAAAGUAGGACCAAGUUUUAUCAAGAUAGGAUUAAAAGGAAAAGACAUGUCAAAACCUCCACCAGUCACAGAAAUUCCAGAGACAAUGGGUUUGGUGGCCGCAGCUACUUAUUUAUUUUUAAUGUUUGGGUUAAUUCCAUUUAUAUUUUUUAAAUAUCUUGUAUCGUUUGGAUCAUGGGCAAAUGAUGAAUCAAUGACAGAAAAUUAUACACAUCAAUAUCAAGCUUUAAAAGACAACAAGUUAUUUCCUCACAAUAAAUUGGCUGAAUACUUGAGUGCUAUAUUGUGUUUACAAAGUACAACAUUAUUAGGUUUAUUAGAUGAUUUAUUUGAUAUUAGAUGGAGACAUAAAUUCUUUUUACCAGCAGUUGCAUCAUUACCAUUGUUAAUUGUCUACUAUGUCGAUUUCAGUGUAACUUCAAUUGUUGUGCCUAAGUUUGUCACUGACUUUCCUGGUGGGUUAUAUUUCUUAGAUGCUUUAAACUUUUUUGUAAAAUAUGGAAACCAUGCUGUCACAUGUAUUACGGGUUUAUCAUUUAGGACUUUAGCAUCUGAUUAUGUUGUACCGGAAGAUGCUCCAAAGUUGAUUGAUUUAGGAAUAUUUUAUUAUGUUUACAUGUCUGCAAUUUCGAUUUUUUCACCAAAUUCAAUCAAUAUCUUAGCAGGAGUGAAUGGCUUAGAGGUAGGACAGUCUGUCAUAUUGGCAAUAAUUUUUUUGGUCAAUGAUUUUUGUUACCUAUUUACCGAGAAUAUCCCACAAGCAGCUUAUGAUUCUCAUUUAUUCUCAGUUAUAUUUAUAAUACCAUUUUUAGGAGUUUCACUAGCUUUAUUACAAUACAACUGGUUUCCUGCUAAAGUAUUUGUUGGAGAUACAUAUUGCUACUUCAGUGGGAUGGUGUUUGCAAUUGUGGGUAUAUUAGGACAUUUUUCCAAAACGUUAAUUAUAUUUUUAGUACCACAAAUUAUCAAUUUUAUCUAUUCAGUUCCACAAUUGUUUCAUAUAAUACCAUGUCCAAGACACAGAUUGCCUAAAUUCAAUGUGGAAAAUGGAUUAAUGUACCCAAGUUUUGGGGAAUUGAAAAAUCCUAAUGCUUUGAAUACUUUCAUCUUGAGUUUUCUUGGCAAGUUUAAUCUUAUCAAAUUGAUAAGAGAUCCUAAACUGGGUCAAAUUAUAAAAUUCUCAAAUAUGACAAUCAUAAAUCUUUCUUUAGUUUGGUUUGGUCCAAUGAGAGAAGAUACAUUAUGUAUGGUCUUAUUAGGUAUACAAUUUUUAGUUGGUAUUUUAAUGAUUUUUGUUAGACAUACGGUUGGUCCUUGGUUGUUUGGUUAUGAUAAUCUAUCAUGGGGAGUAAAAUAA